CACACGUGCUCUCUUCAUAGUCCCAAUUCGAUGAGACAGCGAAUAUUUAAAUUGGUUUUUAUUGAUACACAACAAUAUUUGUUACUAAAACAGUGUGAAUGUGUAAUAUGAAGCAUCAUUUAUCUGCACAGCUCUACAUUUUUAUUUAAUAUAUGUCAAUGAUUAAUCAUACUAUAAUUUUAUUUAAAAACGGUAAAAAUGUCAAAAAAACGAACACAAACGGGGACAAGGAAGCAACCAAAGUCAACCAAGAAAAACGUGUUUUGCUGUAAUAAAAGUAAUAAUAACUCUAAGAAAACAAAAAUUAAACGGAUUAAUUAUAAUCCGGAGAAUAUUGAAAAAGCAUUAAAAGCUAUGAAUUAUACUGGACUUUCUCUGCGAAAAGCUGCAGCUGCUUAUGGCAUAAAAGUAGCCACACUAGGUAGAAAAAAAUAUUAAUCCCGAGAAAAUUAAAAUUAAAACAGGUCCAGAAACAGUUUUAUCAACGGAAGAAGAGAAUAAUAUUGUUAAGUGGGUAUUAUAUCGAGCGAAAAUGGAAGCACCGGUUACAAAAACUGAAUUAUUAGAUUGUGUUCAAAAAACCCCAGCAUUUAAGUUCGAGCAGAGCAGCAGUUAGUCGGCAAGAUCUGCAAGAUUGGUUUGAAAACACCGGUACAUAUUUAGAAAAAAAACAAUUAAUAAAUAUUCGACCAUGCAGAAUCUUCAAUUGCGAUGAGAGCAGUAUACAUUUAUGCCCUGGUGUUGAAAGUGUUUUAGCUGGUGGCAAAGAGGCUUUAACAGUACUGUUUAUGUAUCGAGCUGAUGGCACUCGUGCUCCUCCAAUGCUCGUGUAUUCAUAUAAAAAAAGUAUACCGAAGAAAAUUAUUGAUAAUACUCCUACAGGCUGGGGCAUUUGAGUAUCAGAUAGUGGUUGGAUGACAACAGAGACAUUUUAUGAAUAUAUCACAAACCUUUUCUACCCAUUGCUUGUUAAAGAAAACACUGAAUUCCCUGUUAUUGUUUACCCCUGUUUUCACUCACAUUAUGCAACCUCUUGAUAUAUUUUUUUUCCAUCCCUUUAAAGACAUGGAAAAAAUGUGUGCUAAAGUGGAAAAAUCCACAAGGUGAUGCAAAUAUUAAGAACGAAGAUUUUCCUCUUGUCUUGCAAUUCACUCUGGACAAUAUGAAAAAUGCAGAGAAAAUGGUUGUAAGUGGUUUUAGAGGAUCAGGGUUGUAUACAUUUAAUCCCAAGGCGGUAGAUUAUGAUAUUUUAAAUAAAACUAAAAAUUCUAAAGAGACUCUUGAGACAAAUGAUUCAGAUGACGUUAAAGACAAACACAAAUUUUUUCAACUUUUUGAGAAAAGUUUACCAAAGGAGACACUUUUUGAAUUUAAAGACGCAGCAAUGAAUGGAUCGUGGACCGGUGAUUUAGAAAAAAAGGCAUUGUUCGACUACUGGUUUGACAUUUACAAAAAAUCUAAGGAUAUAGGUAUUACUUUGAAACAGAAGCCAGUAAUCAAGAAAAUUGAAAUUUUAAAUGGCCGUACUAUUCAAUGUGCCUUAGAAAUUAAGUUAAACACUAAUCAAAGUGACUCAUGCAACGGUAUUGAUUCAAAUGUUGAUUCUUCAAUUAAUAACACCUGUAUGAUUGAUAAAGAACGUUCCACAAAAGUUGGAGCCAUCGAUUUGGUAAAUUGCUAUAUGAGCUUCCUGUUCAUAACAGUAGUGAAGAAUUAUUGAGCAAAAUAAAGUCAUUGAUCCGACUGAUUCUCUUGAUAACAGGAAUUCAGUUUUACUUUCACAGAAUGACAAUAAUAAUAUAGAACUCACAAUGAAAAACUCUACAAUUAACCAGAAUCAUCAGAUGGAACUUGUGACACAAAAUCCAAAAAAUUGUUGUGAAAGGAAUAAUGGACAGAGUUCUAGCAAUGAGGAAAUUUUAUCAGUACCUGUUGGAAAAGUUGAUUCACGGAAAACAACAUUUAAAGAAGUUUUCACUUUGCCAGUAGAAUAUUUACACAAAAAGAAAAGGAUUGCAGUUGAAAAAACGGGCAUAUCAAAGUUACCUUCGGUAGGGUCCUCCGAUGCAUGGUAUGGUAUUCAUUUAGAGAAAGAAAAUAUAAAAAGAAGAAAAAGGAAAAACAACAAAAUAAAAAAAAUGCAAGAAGAUAAAAAGAAAUUAAUGGAGCAAGUAAGAGCAAUCCACAAAAGAAUCAAAGAAGAAAAGCAACAUUGACUUCAUAUUUUGUGUUGAGUAUU